AUGGUAAAUCUUAAUGAUAAGGAUUCAACAACUGCUAUUAAUAUUGAUAAUGAUUGGCGAUGUAUACGUUUAACAAAUAUGUCUCCAUAUGAUAAAGAUUAUAUUUCAUUAACAUAUGAUGAUGACGAUUGGGAACAUAUUCAAUUGCCACAUUAUGAUGAGAAAAAAACCCAAAAAUUUACUUCAACAUGUGUUUCCUAUUGGUAUAGAAAACGAUUUGAUUUAAGAAAAAAAUUCGAUCCACAUCAACAAAUUUAUUUACAUUUUGAAUCUAUAUCAAACACUAAUGAACCUGAUGAUGAAUCAGAUGUUAAAAUACCUGGUAUUACAGUAUGGUU